AUGUUGGAACCUGACCACAAACAUGUGGCGAGCAUAUUUAGUCACUAUGAAGUGACUGAAAAUUUGGGUAAAGGAUGUCAGGGCGUAUCAUAUAAGCUGAGACGUCUAGACAGUUCUGAAUUCUUUGUUUUGAAGAUGAUUGAAUGCAGAAGUUUGAGGCAUGCUUAUCUACUAUUUGACGAGUGUGUCCAGUUACAAAAUUUCACACAUGCUUUUGUAUCGAAAAUUAUGGAAGUUCGAGUAACAAUUAAUUCUCAAAAUUCGGCCAUUUACCUCUGUGUCAUUCGGAGAUAUAUCGAUGCCCCAAGUGUUGAAUCGAUAGUUCAGGAAAAUAUUGGGAAAAGCAGAGUGAAAUGGGAAUUAAUCUAUAAAGUUUUUGGAAGUGUACUGGAUGUCAUGUCUUCUGUUGCUAGGUUGAAAUAUGCUUCUCUUUAUUUGCAUCCUAGAAAUAUUUUUGUCAAUGAAACAACAUUCUGCAUAACUGAUGUCUGGGGUCCCAACCUGAUGAAAUAUAUUCGCGGAACGGAUGUUUUUGUACAGUCCUUUGAGCAAAUUAUAAACCCUGACCUUUUAAGUGAAAUACCUAUAGAAUGUCCACAAGAUGAAUUUUCUCGAAGACGCUUGCCUAGAUAUAUUCAGUGGUGUGCUCCUGAAGUUAGCAGAUUUGAAUCCACUGGCAAUGUUGAUGUAUGGGGUUUAGGCUGUAUCCUGACAAUCCUGAUAUAUGUCAAAUAUUUGUUGAAAGGUGAACAUAUUUCGGCAGUUAAUCUACUGAAGACAAAAGAAGAUGCAUUUAGUCAGAAGUUGUCUUCAAAGGAAAUGGAGACACAUAAAGAACUACUCACUUUAAUUUCCAAAAUGAUGAAAAUCAAUCCAAAUGAGAGAAUUACUCUUAGUGAUCUUCUGAAGGAUGUAUUCGUUCAAGCACUACUGAAACAAACAAAUUCUGAAUCUAUAAUGAGAACAAAACGACUGAUUGUUACAGAAGCCGAUAGACCAUUUCCAAUUAAUCAUUCUGAAGAUAUUAAAAUGACGUAUUUAAUCAACAACUGGAAACAUGAAAAUUGUGCACAGAAGGCUGUUUGUUGGUUUGCUGAAUGCAUUGGAGUCGAUAAAGACAUUAAAUUACCAUCAGAAUUACCAUUUCUAUUAUUCAAGUUAAUGCAUUUGCAUCAAUACAAUCUAUCAAUUGUUACAUCAUGCUUAACUAUAUUAGUUCAUGCUGUUGAAACUGGACAAAUGGAGUGUUUACUAACACGUACACGAUAUACUUGUGCAGAUGGUAGUGAUAUAAUGAAAAUUUUACCUAAAGAAAUUAAUGAUUUGAAAAAAUUUUGGAAAACAAAAAAUUUGAAUACUGUUCUAUCAGUAAUGCGAAAAUACUUUUAUCAUACUAGUAUACAAAAUUUAGGCUUCUCAUUUUUUGAUUAUCUAAUUAAUGCGAAACAUUUUACUGUCAAUAUGGAUAUUGUACAAGGCUAUUUAAAAACCUACGAUAGUAUAUUUAAAAAACUAAGAAAAAUUAAUUUAUCUCGUCAUAUUAUAGAAAUGAUGAAAUGUGAAUCUAAAGAGAAUAUUAAAAUAGCUAUAAAUUAUCUAUGGAAAUUUUGUAUUUACGAACCUAUUGCUCAAGAUAUGGCAAAAGCAGAUGCUCUAUCAAUAACUAUAGAGUUUAUGCAGUCUAAUUAUACGGAUUGUGAAAUUUAUACUAACGGCUCUUUGGUAAUUGUAUCCCUCUUACAGAUUGAGUUUGUAGCAAAUCAAAUCGUGAAAUAUAAUAAUUUAGUUCCAAUGUUAUUACGUGGUUUGAUUAUUUUCAAAGCUUUACCAAACACUAUUUGGAGUAUAUGUUUAUGCCUACAAAUUGUUAUAAACUUAUCAGAGGAAUUCGCUUUGCAAUUUAUCAGUGAAAUUGAUGAAAUUGCUCCAAUGGAGGAUGGAUUUGAUAUUCUCUAUUCUAUUUAUAAGAAUCAUUAUGACAAUACGAAUGUCAUCGAAGCACUGUUGAAACCGAUCAAGUCUGUACUACAAUACGAAUCUUAUUGAAAGUGCUCGACUAACUCUGUCCAAACUUGAAAAACUUACUACAUAAAAAGAGAAAAAGAAAGCAUGUAAUUUCAUGAAAAUGUAAUCUCCUUGUACGCAUAACAACCAUGGUUAUGCAAGUGUCAGGAAAUGAAUUAUACUAACUAAUAAAUUUAUUUUUAAGUAAUUGACUUUAAAAUAUUAAAGUUUAGUCUUACUUUUCCACCUAAACAUUUCUGUGG